AUGCUCUGGAGCGGACCGGGCAGACGGGCAUCGCAGUGCGGGCUUCGGGCUUUUGUCUUGGGGCUGCUGCUGCUGCUGUGCGCCCUGGCUGUGAUUGUGGAUGGAUGCCCACACAAGUGCAGCUGCUCCGGCUCACAUGUGGACUGCCAGGGGCUGGGCUUGAAGACUGUGCCUAAAGGGAUACCCAGGAACGCAGAGAGGCUCGACUUAAACCGGAACAAUAUCACAAGAAUCACCAAAGUGGACUUCUCCGGCCUCAAGAACCUCAGGAUUCUUCACCUGGAGGACAACCAAAUCAGCGUUAUCGAAAGAGGAGCCUUCCAAGAUCUCAGACUUUUGGAGAGACUUCGCCUGAACCGAAACCGUCUUCAGUUCCUCCCAGAGCUGCUCUUCCAGUCCAACCCCAAACUAGGCCGUCUGUGA